AUGAGCAAAUUGUCCCUGUCGGAACCCAAGGAUACCCCAAUUGAACAAGCCACGCUAGCAAACAAAGCGCGCAAGAUCCCCUUGCCCUCUGGGAAUACAAGAGUACCCCUACGCCAGGCAAAAUCUACGUGCCAAUUGACAUAUACCCCACCCCGUCGCAAGCCCAAGUCUCUUCAAAAAACACCAUCUGCUAUAGUACCGUUUCUAACCAAGUCUUCUCAAUUAAAAGCCUGGGAACAUGACACUAGGCUGCAGGAACUCGAAACCUUCGCGGACACAUUUUUCAGCAAGAUAUCACAAGUCGGCCAGAACAGUGAUGUUAUGAAGGAUGCGAUCAAUCUGUACAAAUCACGAGUGGAGGAGCUCGAAAAGAACCGGGACGAAAUUAUGGCCAACAAUUGCACGCUUCGUAUUGAGAUGGAAUCGAUGAAAAAUAAACUUUCAACCGCCGAGGAAGCACUCAAAAUCGCAGAAACUGAACAUGAGAUCGCCACGGACGAACACGAGCAACGUUUGCGCAUUGAGACUGAUGCUGUACGCGAGGAAGGUCAGACGCAAUUGCAAAAUUUGAUCUCUCAACAUCAAAACGAAAUCGAGGACCUACGACGGCGCCAUGAGAGAGAGCUUGACAACGAACGCAGUACUUACCAACGAGAAAUCAGCCAAGUAACAUCCCAGAGCGCCCUCGACACGCAAAAGGUUCAUUUGGAAGUGGCGAACAGAGACAGGCAGAUUGAAGCUCUUCAGCGUGACUUGCGCACCGCGCGUGAUGAUAUCGAGGCCGAGAAAUUGAAGAACCGGGAACUACGUCGGAACCUGGAUACCUCUAGUAGCAAUACUUUGACGUUGGAGUCCUCAGUUCGCGCCUUGAAAGCAAGGAUUGAAUUCUUGGAAUCCGGAAGUCAAGAACAAUCUCAAGCGUUCGAACGCCUUCAGAAACAAUUAGAAGAUGCUCUUGCUGAGACGAAUGAGGCGAAAGAGAAGCUACGUAAGGAAGAGAUGCUUCGACGCAAACUACACAAUCAGGUGCAAGAGUUGAAGGGUAAUAUUCGUGUCUUCUGUCGUGUUCGGCCAACUCUCAAUUUUGAGCCGGAAUCUGAUAUUGCUCAAAUCGCGUUUCCCGACGGUGGAGAAGACUGCAAGGAGAUUGCAGUGAUGGGACCUGAAGAGAGAAGCAGUUUGGGAACGGUGUCUCGAAAACAAAACGCAUUCUCCUUUGAUCGUGUCUUUGGGCCUGGUAACCAAAACGCCGACGUGUUUGAAGAAAUCAGCCAACUGGUUCAAAGCGCUCUAGACGGCUACAAUGUCUGCAUUUUCUGCUAUGGGCAGACUGGUAGUGGAAAGACACACACAAUGUCGUCUGCAGAUGGCAUGAUUCCGCGUGCAGUACACCAGAUUUACGAUACCGCAAAAAGCUUGGAAGAAAAAGGAUGGACCUAUACCAUGGAGGGCAACUUUGUUGAAGUUUACAAUGAAAACUUGAAUGAUCUUCUCGGAAAGGCCGAUGAUUUGGAUAAGAAGAAACAUGAAAUUCGGCACGACAUGCAGAGGUGCAAAACGACCAUUACGGAUGUCAAUACGGUCACACUCGAUUCCCCCGAGAUGGUUGAGACCAUUCUCAAGCGAGCUGCUGCCAAUCGCUCUGUCGCAGCAACGAAGGCAAAUGAAAGAUCCUCCAGGUCACAUUCUGUCUUUAUUCUGCGACUGAUGGGUCACAACAAGAUAACUGGAGAGCGGUGUGAAGGAACCCUCAACCUGGUUGAUCUUGCUGGUAGUGAACGACUAAGUCACAGCGGUGCAACUGGCGAUCGUCUGAAGGAGACCCAAAACAUUAAUCGAAGCCUAAGCUGCCUAGGAGAUGUUAUCGGUGCUUUAGGCACAGGCAAGGAAGGUGGACACAUUCCAUAUAGAAACAGCAAGCUUACAUAUCUGUUACAAUUCUCGUUGGGUGGCAACUCUAAGACGCUGAUGUUCGUCAUGGUCAGUCCCCUGCAGGCACAUCUCGGGGAGACCUUGACGAGUCUUAAGUUUGCAACGAAAGUACAUAAUACGCACAUUGGGACGGCAAAACGUGUCUCAAAGAUACAGAAUUAA